AUGGGUCAACGUCUCUCUCUUAUCUGCCGUGCGGAUCGCCUCCAUGAACAAUUCAAAAGAGAUGGUGCAAUGGACGUCUUAGAAGAAACCAUUACCCUUCGGCGAACUGUGCUAGACCUUACUCCUUUGGGACACCCAGCUCGCCGUCCGUAUCUCAUCAGCCUCGCGGAUAGCGUCUAUGAAUGGUUUAGAGAGAAGGGUGCAAAAGAGGUCUUGGACGAAGUUGUUACACUUUGGACGAAUGUAUUGGGGCUUACUCCUCCAGGAAACCCAGAUAGACGGAAAGCUGGUUCCAUGGCGGAUCUAUCGGAGAUUAUCGCACUCCGACGAGUUGCAUUAGUGGGCAUGCCAGUCAAUGACCCAAAUCGAUGCUCUUGUCUCGUGAACCUUGCUGAUUGCCUUUAUGAAAAAUUCAAGACUGGUCGUGCUAUUGUGGAUCUAGAUGAAGCCAUUACACUCUGGCGAGCUGCGUUAAAGAUCAUGCCAUCAGGUCACCAGGAACGACCUUCAACUCUCAUCAAUCUCGCGGAUGGCCUUUACAAGCGAUUCAGGCGGAAUGGUUCCAUGGCGGAUCUAUUGGAGAUUAUCACACUCUGGCAAGAUGCAUUAGCGGUUCUUCCAGCCGAUGACCCAAAUCGACGCUCCUAUCUCAUAAACCUCGCCGAUUGCCUUUAUAAAAAAUUCAAGGCUGGCGGUGCUGUGGUGGAUCUAGAUUGCGCCAUUACAUUUUGGCGAGCUGCAUUAGAGCUCAUGCCAUCAGAUCACCAGGAGCGACCUUCAACUCUCAUCUAUCUUGCCGAUCGUCUUGAAGAACGGUUCCAGAAAUUCGGUUCUGCAGAAGACUUAGUAGAUUCCAUCAACUUUCGCCGAACUGCAUCAGAACUCGCUUCACCGAGCAACCAUGAUUUUCCCUCCUCAGGACCCCUGACUAUCCCUAUGCAACCUGGACAAAAACCCUCAAAAUGGGGGGCCCCCCGGAUUCCACGUCCAGACAGUCAGGGGGGGAUAGCUGGCUGA